CAAGAGCAUCUUCUCGCACUCGGCUCUCCUGCCUGGACCACCGAAGGAACCUGCUUCCAUCGGGUGGGGAACUCCUGUGCUGCAGAUGGGAUGCACCUUAUCCAGCACGGGGGACGCAACGGACCCAGCCGUCUCUGCAGACAGGAGGGGCUCAGCUUUAGGCCUGGAUGAGAAAGGGACGGACGGCAGCCACGGGGAGAGGGAGGAAGCGUUUCCCCUCUCCGAGGCCCAGAAAGAGUGGAUCCGGGAGUCCUGGAACCUUCUCCAUAAGAACAUCGCCAGAGUGGGGAUCAUUGUCUUUAUUGGACUCUUUGAGACCCACCCAGAGUGUAAAGACGUCUUUUUCCUCUUCCGUGAUGUGGACGAUCUGCAGCAGCUGAAGAUGAGUAAGGAACUGCAAGCUCAUGGCCUCAGAGUGAUGUCCUUCGUUGAGAAGAGCGUGGCCCGGCUGGAUCAAGAAGACAAACUGGAGCUCCUGGCCUUUGAGCUGGGAAAGAACCACUUCCAUUAUAGAGCUCCCCCCAACUACUACGAGUACAUUGGAGUUCAGUUCAUCCAGGCUGUUCGGCCAAUUCUCAAAGAAGAUUGGACUCUGGAAGUUGAGAAGGCCUGGGAGGGUCUCUUCAGAUACCUGGCAGCUGUGAUGCGCAGGGGCUUCCAUAAUGAAGGAAAGAGCCUGGGGGCCAGCCCCCUUCUUCCGCCACAGACAGCUGACGUGGAAUCCGCUCCAGACCAAAUCUGAAGAAGGUGCCAUUCCUGGAAGUGGCUCGUUGAAGGAUCUCCUUGGACUUCCUGCUAGGAGCCCCUGAUGCUGGCCGAGGAAGGUCCUUUUGGGAAGAGUUUGCAUUUCUGCUUCGUGGUCCUUGCAGAGUCUACAUUUCACCCUUCCAGUUGUUCAGCUACAGCAAUCCCUCAGCCCCACACCUGAAGCCCUGAACUUGUCCUCCAACACAAGAAGACAAAGCAUGACAUUGUGUAGACCUUGGAAAGGUUUUGGACGGAAGCCGUCUUGCCCAGUGUGUCCCAUCAAACAUCUCUCGGCAUCUGUAGAAUUUGCCUCGUUAUAGCCAUUCCUUGCAAUCUUUCAGAUAUACAAUCUCAGAGUGGAAAACUUUGGAGACAUGGAGGAUAGGGACUGUCCUCCUCAAGAGAGGCCAAGAUCUUGUCUGGUCAGGCAUGUAAUGUCCCGUGCGCAAGAUUUGGGUCUCUCCUCAAGGCGACCGAUGUCACAUGAGAUGCUCCUGGGACAGGUCAGCCCCUGGGCUGCUUCUCCGCCUCGUUUUGCUUCUGGACCCCGGAGUGCCGUGUGGACCCUCGCAGGCCAUCUCGGGAUGAUCACUGCCAUGAUGUUAAAAGGAUGCUAAGACCCUGGAAAGAGUGCAGAGAAGAGCAACGAAGAUGAUUAGGGGGCUGGAGGUUAAAACAUACGAAGAAUGGUUGUAGGAACUGGGUAUGUCUAGUCUAACAAAGAAAAGGACUAAGGGUGACUUGGUAGCAGCCUUCCAAUAUCUAAGGGGCUUCCACAGAGAAGAGGCGGGGGUGGGGUCCACCUGUUCUCCAAAGGACCAGAAGGCAGGACAAGAAGCAACAGAUGGAAACUCAUCAAGGAGAGAAGCAAUCUGGAACUAAGGAGGAAUUUCCUGACAGUUAGAACAAUUAACCAGUGGAACAACUUGCCUCCAGAAGUUGUGAAUGCUCCAUCACUGGAAGUUUUAAAGAAGAGAUUGGGACAGCCAUUUGUGUGGAAUGGUAGAGGAUCUCCUGCCCGAGCAAGGGGUUGGACUAGAAGACCUCAAGGUCCCUUCCCACUCUGUUAUUCUUUCACCAUUUCUUUCUUCUUGUUUUCAACAUGUAGCCUCUGCCUGUUGGCUAUCGGGAGUUGGUAUCCGCUUUUUGAUUCUCUUCUUUUCUUUGCAUCUUUUAUUACCUGUGCAACACACACACACACACACAGAGCUUUGUACCCCAAUUAGCUUGUGAGGCAAAUAAUGAGGUUGCUUUUGAAGGCC